UUGACUAGUUUAUUCAAACAUAAAAGCAAUCAUUCCAUUCGUUAUAAAAAAGCAUAGCAAUUUUAAGGUCGGCAAAUAACUAAAAGUACAAAAACGUUUACCAAAACAGAUUCAGUGUUGGAUAAGGUGGCAGCAAUCAGCUGACUGAAAAAGGCAUUGCCAGAAUUGCAUUUUUUAACAUUGUUUUCAAAAUAAUAAGCUCAUAAUGAGUAGCAAUCCAAAAAGCUAUUAUUUAGUCAUCUAUAGAAAUGCAAAUUAACAGAUAAGUUUUUACACGCAAUUUUAACAGUACUAGGUGAAUAAGUUGGCAGCCCCGUUCGAAACAGCUGUAGAGGCCUCCGCGCUUUGCAGCACUGCCACACAUGUUCAUCAGAAUCAAAAUUUUGUUGCCAUUUGCGGCUAAAUUUUCACUGCCCAACUAACUUAUAAAGUUAGCCUUACACGUGAUACACAUACGAGUCUGAGGAACACCAUGAGUGCCAGCGAAGAAUUUGUAAGCUGGCUAAACGAGCAGCUGCGCCAGCUAAACAUGGAUGAGGGCGUUUUUGGGUCCUACAUUGUUGGCAUCCUGGAGGGCGAUGAAUCGGCGGAGGAGAAAAACGAAGCUCUUGAAGGAAUUCUCAGUGAAACUGGGUCUGCCAACAUCGAUGAGCUGGUGGCCACCAUCAUGCAAAAGUGGCUCAAAAGCAAUCCCAGCGCGGAUGAGCCGCCCAAGAAAGGCUUGGACAUCGACGUAAACGCCCAACUAGCCAAGCUACUGGAGCAACAGAAGCUGCAACCUGCCGCCUCCAAGGAACGCGAAUACACAGAAGAAGAACGGCGCAUCAAGCAACAGAUACUGGCCCAGUACUCACAGACAGCAGUUUUGAACGAAGAUGAAGACGAUUCCCAAGUGGAGAGCGAGGAUGACAGUGGAGCCCUGGCUCCCAAUACCAACAAAUCAGAUGUCCAGGCACUGGCCAAGGAGAAAAGGGAGCAGGCCCGCCUGGACAGUGCGGCCAAGAAGCAGAAGGACAAAGAGGACCGCGAAAAACAAAAACAGCUGCGCGAGGAGAAGAAGGAGAAGCGGAAAACUGUCAAAGGCGAAAGGCGCCGGUAACCGUCCCCAAGAUAAAAUUGUUCAGAGUCAUAUAUAUACCCACAGAUUUAUACAACUUUGUAAUGCAAUUGAAACGCCAAAGUUUGAAAUGGAUAUUUUUAAAAUGUU